GAAAAACUCACUCAAUCGAUCCCUUUAGCAGUCCGCCGAGCUCAACACUGCGAGCGCUCGUCGCCUUUCGGAACCGCACCGGACCCUUGAAGAUCAGUGGAGUCGUCACAUUCUGCGCCUUGGAAACGCUGAGCCAUGGACGCCGCCGAACAACUCCAGGAACAGCUCCUGCGCGACUGCCUCCGCAAACAGCUGGACGAGUUCCACAUGCUCGCGUCGAUCUUUUGCAGCCCGGGCGAACUGCACGUGGACGACUACAGCUUCGUGGACAACAUUGGCGCGUACAUCAGCGGCGAAACGGGUCGCCUGAACGCCAAGCUGGACUACCAGCUGAAUUUACCCCUGCUGGAGGAACAGCGGGUACAAAUACGGGUCGAACUACCUCAUCUCUAUCCGGGGCUGGAGAUUCCCUGCUUUGUGGUACGAUCAGCAUGCUUUCCACGCGAUCAGGAACGAAUGAUCACGCAGAGAAUCGAGGAGUACAUCGAGCGGGAGGUGCUCGAUUCCAGUGAACCGUACGUGUUUCAGGUCGUUUCGUGGAUUCAGGACAACUUUGUCGAGUUGACAAAAUUUCACGAACCGUUGAAGGUGAGCGAAGAGGGUGGCAGUGCAAAGUCCGCUUCAGUGACCUUUGAGAGGUUAUGGAUUUACUCACACCACUUGAAGAGUAAAACUAAAAGACAAACGAUCCUCAAAACCGCAAAAGACCUUGAUCUUACGGGCUUUUCGAGGCCUGGUAAACCGGCGAUCAUCUGCGUUGAGGGGCGGCAGCAGGACACGCAGGAACUUUGGCGCACCAUUCGGCCGAUGAAGUGGCAAAAGAUCCAGGUCAAGCUGGCUGAGACGGAGCUGGUUGAGGGGGGUCUUGAAACGAUUGCGGGCAAGCGGAGGUUCUCCGGUUUUCGCGAGGAACUGUUCACCGAAGUGGACGACGAAAACGACGAAGAAGUGCCGAUGAGCAUGAGUUUGUUCAUGAAGUUUCUCGAUCGGCACGAUUGUGGUUACAUUAGGAAGGAAAUUUUUGGUUUUGAGCAGGCGGAAAAUGAUUUAUAGAAAAUAUAUAUAUUUUU